AUAGUGAAGGCUGAUAUCUACUCUACAUUCCAUAUUUACGUCGCUUAAGCAUUCACAAAGGCAUUCCAUCACAGCGGCCCUCCGCUGGCGCACAGGCGCUUGUGCGCUCUAAUUUUCUCCCAAUGACAUCACACCCAACAUGGCGUGCAGCCGGGUGCUGGAGAGGGAGGUCCAGGAGGAGCAGAAGAGCGCAACACAGGACUUUUGUCCCCACAAAUACUCUCUGCUGAUUAUAAUCGGACGGACGGCUCGCCACAGACAGACUGAGAACAUCCGGGCGGAGAUCGAAAGAGGUAUACGGUCAUGGGACGUGGACUUAAAAUCCUGCAACCUGAAUCUGUUUCUACAGGAAUUCCUCUCCCAUCACACGGCAUCUUUUAAAGGUGCAGGGCAGAAGUGUCUUCGCCACUGUACCAAAGUGUUGGACACGCAGGUGCUGAUCAGUCCUUCUCAGGAACUGGCUUAUUCUGAGGUUUUCUCCCUGCUGUCCAGGGAUUCUGCUCAUAAGCUGCUGAUUUUGGCUGGCCUUAGCCAGGAGGAAAGUGGAGAGCUGCUCUUUCACAGAGGGCAGUUUUCUCCUGACCAUCUGAGACAAAUAAUAACAGAGCAGUUCCUAGAUCACAGGAGCUGUGUUUCCCUUACCAAAACCAAUCUAACCCUCAGUUGUCCUAACAUCGGACACUGGAGAAAGAUCCUCUUAGGAAACUCUUCCCUGCAGGGUCCCUUCACUCUGCAUAUCAACCCCCCUGAGGUACUGGCAGCCAUGGCAUCUCUGGGGGAUUUUACAUCACUCAUCUCUGGGACCAUUUGCCCUACCUCUCCGUUUGACCUGCUGUCACCUCCCACCACAGUGGGCUUCCUCAAGCUGUCCCGCCCUUGCUGCUAUGUGUUCCCUGCCGGGCGUGGUGACUGCGCCUUUUUUGCGGUUAAUGGGUUCACCGUGCUGGUAGAUGGAGGCUCAGACUCUCAGGCCUGUUUCUGGAAGCUGGUACGGCACCUGGACAGAGUUGAUGCAGUUUUGUUGACUCACAUAGGGACUGAGAACCUUCCUGGUGCCGUCUCAUUCCUGGAAAGGAAGGUGGCUGAGAAGGAGCUAAGCAAUGAUGUCAAAGAUGACUUGUCGAAGAGGCUGAUCUCUCCAGAGCUAGGAGUGGUUUUCUUUAAUGCCCCCAACAAGUUGCAGGCAGAACAACAUUCUCUUACAGACAAUAUACUGAAGAGCACACAGCAGGCAGCUAUAACCUUAGAGCUCUUGAAGAAGUUAGAAAUCAGGCCACAACCAAUGUUUCGACCACAAGGCACUCCCAUAAAGCCACUCACCUUGUUUCAAAAGAUGGGAGUGGGACAGCUGGAUUUAUACAUCCUCAGCCCUGGCAAGAACAGCCAGGAGUAUGAAAUCUUCUUGCAAAACUGGCCCAAUGGAGACUCGUCAUUGUCACAAAGUCUCCCUCUCACUGCACAGGUUUCUGUUUCUGCCCUGCUCGUGUGGCAUCCAGCAUGCCCCCAAGAGAAGGUGGUUAGAGUGCUGUUCCCUGGCGCAACUCCACAAGCUAAAAUGUUGCAGGGGCUGGAAAAGCUCAAGGGAUUGGACUUUCUUCAGAGGCCAACAGUAACCACUGGAGACCUUGAAAGACAGGGUGAGGACAUGAAAGCUAAAAGAACGGAGAGCCUGGACAGUGGCCGCACAUUAGGGAAAGAUGUAGCAUCCAAGCGGGGGAAAGAAAGAGAUACUAGAGAGGAGGGAAAGGAUGUAUUAGUGAAAGAAAAGGUAAAGACAUCAAGUGGAACCAAAGAUACUGAUAAAACUAAAAUCAAGGAGGUGGGUCUAAAACGUAAGCCCUCACUUUCAGAGAAGAAUACUUUAAAGAAAGGAUCAGCAAAGGAUGGAAAAAAAGAAGAGAAGGCUGGUAAUAAAGAGGAGAAUAAUGUUAAAAGGACUGAGCAGAUUAAAAGAGAUGGGGUCCUCUUGAAACCCAAGAAGGACAAUAAAGCUAAACCCAAAAAGGAUACAAGAAACGACAAAACAGGAGAAAAGAAAACACAAAAGUCAUCAGAAAGCGAUGACAAGAAAGGACAUACAAAUAACUCAUCAGAACAAAAACGAGGUUCUUUGUCAAAAAUCACAGAGCCAGAGCCCCUUUGUUUAGACAAACAGAAUAACAAGAGAGAGACAGAAGCUAAGGAGAAGCAAUACGACUCCAAGGUGUCUACCCCUGAGGAUAUGACAGCUGAUUUUCUUAGGCUGCAGAAGGAAAGCGAACUGGAAAAAGCUGAGAGUGAAACACUUACCUAUGGUGAUUUAGAAUGUGAAAAGAUCCUUGGAGGCGUUAGUGAAGAUGAAUACAAUGUAAAGCCUGGAAGGUUAACUGAGGAAGCAGUAGGUGGGGUGGAAAUAGUGAAAGUAGAGCUUGGUGACAGUUUAGUGCAAACUAUCCCCGGGAAGAGUGAAAAAACAGAAGGAGACCUCCUACAAAACUGUCCAGAACAGCUGUUUAAAUCUAGUAAACCUGCAAAAGUUGUGGGAUUUCCAUCACCUUUGAACAAGUCAUACAAGAGUGAGCAAACGGACCAGCUGGACACAACCCCAACUGAGUACACGCUCCUGGAUGGGGCUUUGAGACACUCUCCUCCCUCUCACACCUCUCCAGAAAACCAAGCCCCCAACAGUCCUGAUGACGAGACUGUAGAACCAGUUUCCCCUGACUCACGUCCUAACAGCGCGGGCCACACUCCCUACUGCCUGUCCCCGGACGACAUGUGGUGCAACAGGGCCACACUCAGCAGGCUUCAGGCUCUCCAUUCAGCUGAUGCUUGCGAGCCAAAUGGAUACUCUGGAAAAAGUGAGGAGGUUUGCAAGACCAAAAGUACUGCUGAAAAUCCUAAAGAGAAGCAUCUUAAUUUUCUUUCUUUCGGUACAUGUAGGGAGGGUUCUUCAGAUCCAUCCCCCUCUUUAACCACAACCACCACCACGCACUCUUUACCAGCAGAGGUGGGCUCACCUCAGUCCACAGAAGUAGAUGAAUCAUUAUCCAUGUCCUUUGAGCAGGGACCAACAAUUGGGAGCCAUAGAGAAGGGGAUGAUGGAGUUUAUCUCUCCCAAUCCAAUGGAGGGUAUUGUGUAGGAAAGUCUUUACCAGCGAAGAAGCCUCCGAGAUCUGUGGGUCAGAGUUCAGAGAUGGGGAGACCGACUGCACCCAACACUCUCCAUUUUGAGGCAUCCGCUCACGACGUGGACCUCUGUUUGGUUUCUCCUUGUGAGUUUAAGCAUUUCAAACCCCCUGACUCAAGCUCGGGUACCAGUGAGGCCUCCAAAGAAGUGAGUGGUCCAAAUCAUCAAGGCAACAACAAUAACGUCCCAAAGGACAGGUCACCCAGUGAGUCAAAUGCCCCUGUCUGCACAGAAGACUGCCCGUCCACCACAGCAGAUGGAGCUUUAGAUUCUGAUUCUGAUGAUUCAUGUAGCGACCCCUCUAACUCACCAUGUAACAACGACAUGAGUCAGACUCUGCCCCCAGACCCCCUGCCAGCCCCUCUCAGAGACAGUCCACCCCUGCCUCCUCUUCCCGACACCUCAAUGCCAGUUCCUCAGUCUAACUCUGAAGCUCAUGGGAAGAGAGCAAAAUCCUCUUCAUUCCGUGGGAAAAAAUUACAGGGGAUCAUUGAUACUCCCCAAAAAUCAGGCUCAGGAAAAAAUAAAACAGGCAGCCAAAGUGGAACCAUGAGGGUGAAUCUCCCCUCAACUCGAACACUUUCCUCCAACAGUCGUUCUGCACCAGCAAAAGCAUCACCAGCUCCUGGCUCCAAGGCUCCCUCUGCUGGUGAAGUCAGUAUUUAUGUGGACCUAACUUAUAUUCCAUCUGGAGCCUCCUCUGCCACAGUCACUGAGGACUUCUUCAGGUGCAUACGCUCUUCCUGCUACAUCAUCAGUGGCAAUAGUCUGGAGCGGGAGAAGCUAAUGAGACAAACUCUGGAUGCUCUGCUUGAGGGCAAGGCAUCUUGGCCAGAAAUCAUGCAGGUGACAGUGAUACCCACCUUUGAAUCUGUGUCGAUGCAGGAGUGGUACCAACAAACUCUGGACAGGCAACGGGAGCUGAACAUUACUGUUCUGGGAUCUAACAGCACGGUGGCCAUGCAGGACGAGACUUUUCCUGCCUGUAAAAUUGAAUUCUGAGGUUGAUAACUGAUAAAACUUGAUGGAUAAAGAUAUGUCUGUUACGGUGAAAUUUGAGGACUGGGUAAUAGAAAGAAACAGAAAUAGAAGUCAUGGGGAUAAGUUCACACCAACUCUUUGCAUGUCAGUGGGAAGUAGCCACUUUAUGGGCUUCUUAUUGCAGCUAAACUAAAAAAAAAAGGGUUUGCAUGAUUUUUUU